AUGUAUUCUAUGGACAAUCUUGAGUUAGAUAUGAUGAAUCGUCAAUAUAUGUACGAGGCGCAUAGUUUUCUUGGAAAUCCUGCGAUUCCAGCUUUGCCGCCGCAUUGCGGAGCGCCCACCGCAGCCACGCUAUCUUCGAUACCGUCGCAACUAGCUGCCCACCCUGCUGGCAGUACCGGAAGCACCAGCGGCAGCGAAAUUUACUUGUACGAUGAAAAUAGCAGCGACAAUGAGAGCGCUUAUAGCAGUGAUCAGGAAAAUCACACCAGAGACAGUGCAAUAAUGAUUUCUAGACGAAGUCAAAGCAACAGGAGGAACGGGGCAACAGGGAAAAGUCCAAGACAGGCGGUGCAACAGAGGCAAGCCGCCAAUAUGAGAGAGAGGAGACGUAUGCAAAAUAUAAAUGACGCCUUCGAGGGUCUUAGGGCUCACAUACCCACUCUACCCUACGAGAAGAGACUCUCUAAAGUUGACACAUUAAAAUUGGCGAUCGGUUAUAUAAAGUUCCUAAACGAACUCGUCAGAGCUGACAAGGGCAAUGACCCUCUGACAGGGAACGGUAGUCUCUCCAGGUGUUCCGGUCGAGAUGACUCUAAGAAGGUCAUAGUUCGUGGCAGCGAGGGGAAUCCAUUCAUUUUUCAUUCCCUGUCCUGGUCCAGAAAGUCGGACAUUUCCCCAAAUGGAACAAUGUACGCGAAAGUUUGGACACCAGAGGACCCAAGAACAUCAAAAAGUAGCUCGACAUUUGAAUAA